GCGGUAAGCAUAAUUAAACGCCGUUGCUCCCACCGCAAAGUUAAAUAUGUGGGCGCUGGUAGCUAUGCCGUAUUAUCGUCCGGCUUCUUCCCCCAAACACACUUGAUCGUAUACGAUAGCUUAGUCUUAUCACAGUUCUGCAGCUCCUGGCGGAAUUGCAUAACCAAGAGUUGAAUCUCUUCCUCGGUGUAACCUAGACUGGUUGCAGGCCUGAGAAGGCGUCCGUAUGGAUUUUUCAACAGUGCCAUCAACGCGAGAUAUCCUCGUUCCUUCAUGGUCUUAUCAUGAUGCCAGACCCCAACAGGUACCUCGAUUACUUCUUCUCGAAUCUCGAUAAAGCCCGCAGCCUCCAUAGUAGACCUCUGCAAGCCUUUUUCCACAACAUCGAAGGCUUUGUUUGUUUUCUUGCCAAAUUCUCGAAAUAUUUCCUCAACUUUGCGUAUGGUACUCCCUUCUAAUGAGACGUCGUCUUUGUUGCUUCCGAAGCGAAUGUUCGAUGAGGGUCAGCUCAUCAAAGGUUUUGGGUCUGGCGGCAUCGGGCAGAUUAAAAUUGCCGACUUUGGUAUGUCCAAGAUACUCUGGAAUGGCCGGACAGAGACGCCGUGCGGUACUGUCGGAUACAGUGCGCCGGAAAUCGUCAACUACGAGAACUACUCCAAGUCGGUCGAUAUGUGGGCCCUCGGCUGCGUCCUCUAUACGCUGCUGUGCGGUUUCCCGCCUUUCUAUGGGGAGAGCAUCAACGUAGUCACUGAGAAUGUGGCUAAGGGCCAGUACGCAUUCCUCUCGCCAUGGUGGGAUGACAUCUCUGAGUCCGCUCAGGAUCUCAUCUCCCACCUGCUCACCGUCGACCCGGUCAAGCGAUACACCAUCAAGGAGUUCCUCAGACACCCAUGGAUCCUGCAGUCAGGGCCAUCCACGUACGAGGAGAAGAAACAACCGCCUUCCGAGGUGUUCUGUUCUUUUGAUGCGCUUAAGAUCGUCGACUCUCGCCCGUCUGACACCGUUAGCCUCCGCGAGGUCCUCGACGUUGGAACUGCCGUGCACCAGCAAGGGGAAGAAUACAAGCAGCGUGGCAUACCGUCCCGUCUGCUUGCGAGUCUGAAUGAUGAGAGCGAUGCAAAAGAGAAUAAUGCAACAUGGGCCCUGUUCCCCUCCUAUGCCUCCAAACAGAGGAUCGUCAAAAGUUGGGUGCAUGCCCCGUGGUCCUCCUGGUCUCGGCAGGCCACCUCCACCGAAGUGUGGACGCAGCGGAUGAUGUGGCCCCAGUCCAGGAGGGUUGAGAUCGUCGGCACCCAGCUCACCAAACAGUGUCCGGCCCGGGUGGAAAGGGACGCGAGGUGGGCGGUUAAUAUCGUAUGGGUCUUCAAACCCAGGUGGGGGAAAGUCGCCCAUGGGAACAGGAUUUCGCGGAGGCGGCUGCAAGGGAUCUUGGUAAGGGUACGGCUGUGCUGGUUGGGGUUGAGGGUCUGGCAAGGAGGGCUGCCUUGGGGGGCGUCUUGCAGCCUCAUCAGCGUCGUCCUUGGCCAUUCGAUCGUCCGGUGACUCCUCGUAGCCCUCCUUUUGUAGGGAUGGCAGAAGCUUCUGGAUAAUGUUAAUCUGGAGAAGCUUGGCCAGGUCGACGAUGCUGCCGUCUGAGAUGAAGACCACGCGAAGCUUUUGUGGCAGGCCACUCCUAUCCUCAGAGUCGUCCUGCGUCCUUGCGAUGCGAACGGGCAGCGAGCCGUUGGAAAUGAAGUCCUUGGUCGUAAUCUCGAGGCGGGUUAUGCGCUCGUCUUCGAGCGUCAGGCCCCUGACCUCGGCCUUGCCUCCCAUGCGGUCUACCUUAAUCACAAAACGAAGCGCCGACUGCGAGUGCGCAUAUAUGAAGGCGUACGUGUUGAAGGAUGCAUUCCAGUUCUUGGGUAGCCGCGGCGCCAGGUCCCGGCAGGUCGGCUCCUCCAUCUUGUCCUCGUCAAAGCCUAGCAGUUGGAAGCCCAGCGAGACC